AUGUGCACCAGCAGCCACAUCAUCGGCAGCCUCCUGGUGCUCUCCGCGCUGGAGAUAGGGCUGGGGGUGUCGAGCGUGGCCGUGGGGGCUGUCAGUUUCAGCCUGGUUCUUGCCGAGCGUAAGCCUCAGCUGGGAGACUCUUCUCCGGUAUGGAGCGGGGUGUGUUUUCUGCUUUGUGGAGCAUGUGGAAUUCUAUGUGCCAAAAAAAAAUCAGGACUUGUUAUGAUCCUUUUUUCAGCCUGCUGUAUCUGUGGACUCAUUGGAGGAAUAUUAAACUUUCAGUUCCUUCGUGCACUGACAAAGAAAUCUCCCGCUCUCUAUUCAUUGCAUCUUACAUCUAUGUCCCUGGCAUGCAUUGGGAUUGGGGGCUGUACCCUUUCAUCAUGGCUCACUUGCCGGCUUGCCAGCUAUGAGCAAAGGCGAAUGUUUUCUGAAAGAGAGCAUUCACUGCAUCACUCCCAUGAAAUGGCUGAGAAAAGAUUGAGGGGUAUUGAAAUAACCGACCUGCCCAGCUGCCCGGUGGUUCCCCCGACACCAGAGUUACCUCCCAGCAGACAGUUGUCUUCGUCACCAAACCCCCACCUCAACCGACAUUAUCUGGCACCCUUUCUGGAAAUCCUAGCAGAGACAAAGGAAAUGACAGACAACGUGAGCAAUGGAGGACCACAUCUAAUUUAUAACGGAAGAGCAUAUUGAAAGAUUCAGUGUUCAUGGGACAACAACUUUCAGGAUUCUCUUUAAGGGGAUAAAUGUAGAUGCCAAU